UCAGACCUUCUCUUCUCCAGCUAUUGGGGACAGGAACUGGACAUACUCUCCCUUUACGGGAAAGUAGAAACCAUUUUAAGUGUUUUCUUGUCUUCUGAAACUCCCUCAUCAAGAAGGCUUUGAGUUGUUUGUACUGCUAACAAUCACCAUGAAGUGGACAUGGGUGUUUUUAGGGUCCUACUUCCUCUCUUUGGUAGCGGUGUCUUUUGGAGAGAAGGGCUUGGAGAUCCCAGAGUAUGACGGCAAAGACCGUGUCCAUACCCUCACUGCCAAGAACUACAAGUCCAUCAUGAGGGAGUACGACGUGAUGGUGAUCUACUACCACAAAAAUGUGGAUGGGAAUCGAAGCGCCAUGAAGCAGCUUCAGAUAGAGGAACUGGCUUUGGAGUUGGUCACAAGCGAAGCAGCCGUAAUCUUUCAGCUCGCGGCCCAAGUUCUGGACGAGUUCGAAGACGAGGACAUCGGGUUUGGUCUGGUGGAUGAAAAGAAGGCCUCUGCUGUUGCCAAGAAGCUGGGUCUGGAUGAAGUCGACAGCAUCUAUAUCUUUGCAGACAAUGAAAUAAUCGAGUACGAUGGAGAGCUGGCUGCAGAUACCAUCGUUGAGUUUCUAUACGAUGUGAUUGAAGACCCUGUGGAGAUCAUCGACAACGACCGAGAGCUGAAGGGUUUCUACAACAUGGAUGAUACCAUCAAACUGGUCGGCUACUUCAAGAGCGAGAGGUCCCCCCACUUCAUAGAGUAUGAUGACGCAGCUGAAGAGUUUCACCCCUUUGUCAAAUUCUAUGCAACGUUCGACCCCAAGAUUGCCAAAAGGCUAAAACUGAAGAUGAAUGAAGUGGAUUUCUACGAACCGUUCAUGGGAGAACCCGUCACCAUCCCAGGGAAGCCUUACAUCGAGUCUGAGCUUGUUGAAUACAUCGAACAGCAUGACAGACCGACCUUGAGGAAGCUCCAACCACACAGCAUGUAUGAGAUCUGGGAAGACGAUAUCAAUGGAGAGCACAUAGUCGCCUUUGCUGAAGAGGAUGAUCCAGAUGGUUUUGAGUUUCUGGAGAUCCUGAAGGAAGUAGCGCGUGACAACACAGACGACCCCAACCUCAGCAUCAUUUGGAUCGAUCCUGAUAAUUUCCCCCUGCUGGUUCCUUACUGGGAGAGAACCUUUGGCAUCGACCUUUCGUCUCCUCAGAUCGGAGUCGUUGACGUUCAGGACGCUGACAGCGUGUGGAUGGACAUGGAUGAUCAGGAUGACAUGCCGACGGCCGAAGAGCUGGAGCAGUGGAUAGAGGAUGUUCUGUCUGGGAAGAUCGAUCCUGAUGAUGACGAUGAUGAUGACGACGAUGAUGAAGAUGAUGAUGAUGACGACGACGAUGAUGACGACGAUGAUGAUGACGACGACGAUGAUGAAGACGACGAUGAUGAUGACGACGAUGAUGACGAUGACGACGACGAUGAAGACGACGACGAUGAUGACAACGAUGAUGAAGACGACGAUGAUGACGAUGAUGAAGACGACGACAAUGAUGACGACGAUGAUGACGACGAUGAUGACGACGACGACGAUGAAGACGACGAUGACGACGACGAUGACAACGAUGAUGAUGACGAUGAUGACAACGAUGAUGAUGACGAUGAAGAUGACGAUUAAUAAUUCAUGUUUUCGUCUCUUUGCCGUUAACUAAAACAUCUGGCAGAUAAAAGACUUGACUUUCUGAACCUCACAUGCUCCUCCUUGUUGCUGUUCCGACCUCAGGGGAAACACUGUCAACUAGGAAGGAGGUUUCCAUUAAAACUGGACGAUUCUCCCACAGACGGCUAGAAGGGCUCAUGUCCAAAAUGUCCCUAAUGACAGCCUGUCUCCCUCCUUUGGACAACUCAACGUCAACAAAUGUAAAAUCAGGCAGAGACAAAGUUUCUAAAGGGUUCCAAUGUGAUGUGACUCUUUUUCAAAUGUACUCUGACCUUGUUUCAGUGACAAUCAGAACAAACUUGUUCUUGUUACAGCUUUGAAAUAAGAAGUAAAAUUUUACUGGACAGUCUUAAGUUCAACAAAUCAGUCAUUGAAAAUGUUUGUUGUAGGUAAUAAACUUGAGAUUGUUUUC